AUGCCUGGUUCUGUGAGAGGAGUCCGCCGGCUAGCCAAAGAAAUCCACAAGGAGCAAGGUGUGCAUACAGCCAAAAUAGAAGAAAUUAUCCGAGUGUGUAAGAAGCUUGCCAUUGAGAAUGAAAUUCUCAAGCAUGAGAAUUCUGGGUUGCAUGCAGCACUUGUGAAUGAGAAGAAAAGACGAAAAAGAGGGAAAGGUAUGGGGCUCUUCAAUAAAGAACGACCUGGAGAAGCGCAGUUCUUUUCAUCAGCGAAGGUUGCAGUAGUUAGAAAGCGAGCAGAAGAGAUUGAGAUUGAGAACCAACUGCAAAAGUCUCUUGCAGAAGAAAAGAAGAUUCAAAAGGUGCUAGAAAAAGAGGAGAAGGCAUGGGCAAAGGCAGAAAAGGCACGAGAGAGAGAAGAAAAGAAACAGGCUAAAAUUGCAGAGCACGAACAGCUUGCAAAGCAGAGGGAAGAGUGCAAGUCUGAAAAGCUCAUUUUGAAACAAAUACAGCUUGAAGAAAAGGCUCAAUUAGUUGUUGAGCGAGAGGCUCUGAAAAAGCGACAUGGAGAAGAUCUUGGAAAAUCAGCCAUGAAAAGGUGCAAGAUCACAAUCCAGGAACGAGCAGAUGCACCUAAAAAAGUGACUCAAAAGCAGAAACAGGUUUCAAAGAGUCGAUUUAUAGCAGAAAAUUCAUCUGCAGAGGUUCGUAGAUCAAGUUGCAAUGGGUCAAACCAAGAUGGGCAGGUUUUGAGAGUUUCAAGGACCGGACGUAAAAUCGCUCCUCCACGGCGAUGUCUAGACUAG